AUGGCUCCUGCCACCGAACCCCCAGAAAGGGAAUGCACUGAUAAGGGCACCGGCCCCCCACAGAGAGUGUUCUGUGGGGCAAAUUCAGAGCUACGGGGCAUGGCUUUAGACAUCCACCAUAGAGGGAAUGCACCCCUAAGGUCCCUGGCCUCCCAUAGAGAGGUGAGUGGGGCAAAUCCAGAGAGAACGGCCAAGGCUCCAGCACCCCAAACAGCAGAUAGGGUACGCAACCCUACAGACCCUUGCCCAACACAGAAAGAUUUACUCAAAGAUGGCUUUGGGGACCACCCUCUUUAUUACUGUCUUAUUGCAGAAGUACCAGAUGAUUCUGAGACGACAGGUACUAUGGCAGUAGGGUUUGCAAUGUACUAUUUCACCUAUGACCCUUGGAUUGGCAAGUUACUCUACCUGGAAGACUUCUAUAUCAUGGAACCUUUUAGAGGUUUAGGUAUUGGAUCCGAAAUUCUGAGGAAACUAAGUCAGAUAGCAAUUAUCAACAGCUGCAGCUGCAUGAACUUUCUUGUGGUCAUAUGGAACCAGACCUCUACCGAAUACUACAUCAGGCGGGGGGCCCAGGACUUAUCCUCUCGGGAGGGUUGGCAUCUGUUCCGGUUUAACAAAAAGGAGCUUUUAAAAAUGGCAAAAGAAAAGUGA